UAUUCAAAGUUCAUAAAAAAGAUCUCAUAAAUCUCAUUAUAUGUUCAUCCAGACAGUUUUAAUCAGUUAAAGGCUAUCUUUACUCACAUAUUUUAAUACAGAUGAACUCCGACAAGCAAUGCUGGAUGAUGUACAGAAGAAAUUGGCAAACUUAGUAAACAGUGCAGAAGGAAAAGUGGACAGAGUCCUAAUGAGAAACCUCUUUGUUGGACAUUUCCAUACACCAAAAAAUCAGCGUCAUGAAGUUUUAAGAUUGAUGGGAAGCAUCCUGGGUAUUGAAAGGGAGGAAAUGGAGCAGUUGUUUCAUGAAGAUCAGGGUGGUGUGACCAAGUGGAUGACUGGGUGGCUUGGAGGAGGAUCAAAAAGUGUCCCCAACACACCUUUGAGACCAAAUCAGCAAUCUGUGGUUAAUAGUUCUUUUUCAGAACUUUUUGUUAAAUUUCUGGAAACAGAGUCUCGCCCAUCUGUUCUACCGCCAAAGCUUUCUGUUCUUGAUAUAAAACCUCUAGAUUCACCAGGAAAGAGAAAACUAGAUACAAAUGUCCCAGAAAGUUUUAGAGGUAAAUCCAAAUAUUUAUUUUUCUACGGUUAUAAAAAUUGA